CCGGCCGCGUCCCGCCCCCUCCCGCGAGCAGGGGGAGGGACCGCACGCUCCCCGCGCUCCCCGCCCCCUCCCCCGCCCCCCGCAGCCAGCCCCGCUGCCUCGCUCGCCUCUCGCGGGCGACGCUGACCCGGGGAGCGGCAGCCCUCCGCUCCGCGAGCGGCCGCUGCAGGCGGAGGCAGCGGCGGGCUUCGGGCCGCCCGGCCAGCGCUGCUCUGCGGAGCGGGAGCCGGAGGCGGGCGGUGAUGGAAGUGUGAGGAGGAGGCGGCGGGCCCGGGGACUGUGAGGCGGCGCGCGCGGCGGCGGCGCGGAGCGGGAGAGGCGAGGAGCCGGGGUGGGGGCGCUGGAGCAGCGGCUCUUCCGCGGCUUCGAGUCCCGUCCCCUUGUCCCCGCCGCGGGGUUAGCGGCGCUCGUCGACCCUUCAGCCCCGUCCUCCGCCGCUGCUCGGCCCGCCUCGGCGCGGGGGGGCAGGGUGCCGGGGGCAGCGUGCGGCUUGGCUCCCGGAUUCAUUCAUUCUCCGCCGCCGGAGCCUCGAACCUGCGGCGCUCCGAAGAGCGGGGGGAAGAGCGGCAGGCGCGCGUGAGGGGCCGGGCGCGAGCCGGGCUCCAUUGUGCUCAGCGGCGGGGGGCGGGCAGGGGCUGAGGGAGGGGGAUCGGGCCGCCUCCCCCUGCUGCCCGGCGUGCGCUGCGCCCCCAGCCUGCCGCCCGCCUGGAAAUGGCUCCGUGUGUUCUCCGCGGGAGACGGAACCGGUCCUGCCCAGCCUCCUCUUCCUCCUCCGCGCCUCCCCUUUGCUCCCAGUCUUAGAAGGGGGAAAAAAAUUAAAAGACAGACUCCAAUGUGGAGUGCCGUGCACGUCGCGAGCUGCCGGGUUCGCACUUCGAAGAGAUUUUUCUAUAUAGCUUUUUCUCUUGUGAGCGCAGGGAAGCAGUGGCCUUACUGCUUUUAGGAUUUUAAUUUUCUCAAGUGCACGUCGCAUUGGGUUGCACGCUCCACCCCCUCCAGGGACCUGGUGUGGUGCAGAAAUUUGAACCCGCAGCCUUAGUAGCACCGAAAAGGCCGAGUUACCUGGGCUCUCCCUGAGUGUGGAAAAGGACAUGAGCGAAAUGACCACCGAACUCAUUUUUUAUAGGACUCGGUGAAGCUGGAUUCUGCAUUUUUCCGACUCGUCGACUCAUUUUGUGGAAUAGAGUUGACCGCCGUCUCCUCCGCGCAGCAUCUUAACUCUAAUAAGCAAAUGCCACCUCUCUUUGAACGUUUCGGUAUUUCCCGGAGAGAAAUCAUUUUACCUAAAGGAACUAACUGAAUUUUCAGCAUCACUGAAAUACCUCCAGAAAAGGAUCUCGGGGGUGGAAAAGCAACUGCGAAGUAACAGACGGAGAAAUUCCUUUGGAGUUAUUUCGUAGCAUAAGAGCAGAAACUUCCGAGCAAGUGUUCACUGGGCAAAAUGGGGGAACAACCUAUCUUCAGCACUCGAGCUCAUGUCUUCCAGAUUGACCCAAACACGAAGAAGAACUGGGUACCCACCAGCAAGCACGCAGUUACUGUGUCUUAUUUCUAUGACAGCACAAGAAACGUGUAUAGGAUAAUCAGUUUGGAUGGCUCAAAGGCAAUAAUUAACAGCACCAUCACCCCAAACAUGACAUUUACUAAAACAUCUCAGAAGUUCGGCCAGUGGGCUGAUAGCAGGGCAAACACUGUUUAUGGACUGGGGUUCUCCUCUGAGCAUCAUCUUUCGAAAUUUGCAGAAAAGUUUCAGGAAUUUAAAGAAGCUGCUCGACUAGCCAAGGAGAAAUCACAAGAAAAGAUGGAACUUACCAGUACACCUUCACAGGAAUCAGCAGGCGGGGAUCUUCAGUCUCCUUUAACACCGGAGAGUAUCAAUGGGACAGAUGAUGAAAGAACACCUGAUGUGACGCAGAACUCAGAGCCAAGGCCUGAACCAACUCAGAACGCAUUGCCAUUUUCACAUAGUUCAGCAAUCAGCAAACAUUGGGAGGCUGAACUGGCUACCCUCAAAGGAAAUAAUGCCAAACUCACUGCAGCCCUGUUGGAGUCCACUGCCAAUGUGAAACAAUGGAAACAGCAACUUGCUGCCUAUCAAGAGGAAGCAGAACGUCUGCACAAGCGGGUUACUGAGCUUGAAUGUGUUAGUAGCCAAGCAAAUGCAGUGCAUUCCCAUAAGACAGAAUUAAAUCAGACGAUACAAGAACUGGAAGAGACACUGAAAGUGAAGGAAGAGGAAAUAGAAAGAUUAAAACAAGAAAUUGAUAAUGCCAGAGAACUACAAGAACAGAGGGACUCUUUGACUCAGAAACUACAGGAAGUAGAAAUUCGGAACAAAGACCUGGAGGGACAACUGUCUGACUUAGAGCAACGUCUGGAGAAAAGUCAGAAUGAACAAGAAGCUUUUCGCAAUAACCUGAAGACAUUGUUAGAAAUUCUUGAUGGAAAAAUCUUUGAACUAACAGAAUUACGAGACAACUUGGCCAAGCUACUAGAACGCAGCUAAGGAAAGUUAAAUUUCAGUGCCAACUGAUUAAAAAAUAUACUGUCUCUCUUCAUAGGACUGUUUGGGCUCUGCAUCAAGAUUGCACAAAAAAUUUGAAUAUCGCUUCUCUAGAAGGAGGAUCUUUUGAAAAUUGGAAUUGUAUAUUUCAGUGUAAAUUUUAGAAUUCAGCUUGUAGCCAGUUGGGGAAAAAAAAGAGAUGAAAAACUUGAACUACAAAUUACCUCCAUGUAUAUUAUUGGCCAUAGUUAACUAGGAAGUUAUAAAUAGACACUAAUGCAAUCCUUUUUUCUGAUAUUAGCCAAUGGGAGAAUUAACAAAUGUCUGGGUCACAUCCCCUUUUUGUGUUCAACACAGUUAAGGUUAUCUGCUUUUUAAAUUAAUUUAUUUAUGAUAUCUAAAGCUGUGUUUUGUGCAAAAAACUUAGUGAUGAAAGCCCUGUCUUUUGUUGUAAUCUGAAUAAUUUCUCAGGAUAUUUUUGCACUGCUGGCAGCAGUGCCAUUACCAAUUAAUUCUUGCCAGGAGUGAGAGAGAGAUGCAUCUUUAAUCGAAACAUACUUACUAUAACUGGGUGUAUAGAGUUCUUCCCUUUUUUUAUACUGGAAGAUAUUUCACUCUGGUGACCACUCUGGUACACUCUGGUGUUCUCUAAUCUUGUCCGCUGUAUAGUUUACUUUUCCAUAUUGAUUCCAUGUAUUUAUGAGAAGAUAUUGACUCCCAUUUUAUUACACAUUUUAAAGCCAACUAAUGAAGGCAGCUGAGUCCCUCCAAAAUUUUUCUUUUUAAAUUUCUAAUAAAUUUGACACAUAGUACUGAAAUACAGCAGCCCGUCACUGGCGGUCUGGUCUAGCAAUGUUAAGUAUAUUUACAGAAUAUGCAGUUACAUUUAUUUAUAUAUUUUGCAAGAAAUCUUUUCUGAAUGAUUAAUGCAUUUCAAUUUACAAAUAAUAAUGGUUGUUGGGGAACUGUUUAUUAUAGAUCAUUUUAAGGUGUAUAGCUAUUUUAAAGGCGAUUCAUUUCCAUCAAGCAGCCGAUCAGAGGACUAUUGGGAUUGGAGCCGUGUACUCUGUCUGGGUCUUCACAUCAACCACGUCUCUAGUCAAUCCUCACAAGGCAAUAUUCUAAACUGUUAACUAGGCAUUUCAAAACAGGAAUUCAGUUCAGUGGGCUCUUCUCAGUGAACAGGUUUUAAUGUUGUUUUGAUGUAAUUUUAAAGGACUUUUAGCAAACAUGCAUUUCUUUAUACAUUUCUUUUAAGAAACUAUUUUAAAAGCAAGUCAAGUGCUGUCUAGUCUGCUUAUGGAGUGGGAAUUGCAUCAGAGUCCAUAUAUUCUUGCUGUACAAUGCCUGUGAUGUUGAGGAGCGUUCUUUUUUAAAGUGUAUCCUUGAGUAUCUGACUCCAUGGAGUCUGCAUACAAAUGCACUGACUUUUUGUUUGUACCCCAAAAGGAUUGAAUUGUUAAGUACAAAAUUAAGCUGAGAAAUCAUUUUGUAACCAUUUUUUCACUCACAAACAGCUACUCAACACUAGACAAUUUUGUUUUAUAUAUGUAUGUGUAUGUAUGUGAAUACAUACAUAUUAAUUUAUAUUAGAGUGAAAAAUAAAUGGUUUGUUUCUAAAGUUA